CAAAUAAACAAACAAUAAAGUUUAUCCUUCAAUCAGAGGAUGUGGCUUAUUAGUCUUCCUGCCAUGCGGUCUGGUCGUUUAAUGGCCAGGCUAAUUGUGUAAGGGGUACGGGUAGAUGUGGUGGUCCAUUCGCACGUCUUCCUCUUCUCUGUGGCGUGGUUUAACCCCCACCCCAGUCAGUGCGCUCGGUCUUCCGCUCGCCGGCUCAGCAAUCAUCUAGAUGAAGUGGAGAUUCAUACUUUUGACUCGUUGUAAAUGUAUAUAAAAGGAGGUUAUUCCAUACAGCAAGUCACACUAAUUCCCCCCCAAUGGACAUACUUUAACGAUGAAGAGCGUAGCAAUUGCAUUCUUGACCUCGUUGUGGCUUUCAAUCCUUUCUCCAACAUUCUCCGCUCCUACUCUGGAAGCCUCUCAUCCAAAAGUAGGCUCUACAUGGAAAUGGUACCAACUCAAAGGAACAAAAUGCGCUGAUGGCAGUGAGACAGGGUUUGGAUUAAGCACAUAUCCAAAUGCCAAAGAGACUGUUCUCUUUUUUGAAGGUGGAGGUGCAUGUUGGGAUGCCAACACCUGUUACAAGCUCAUGACAGCCUCAUUCGUCACAACUGGCUUCAAGAAAGAAUUGUUUGAGAGUUUUGCUGUUCCUACCUUGACAACAAAUCGAACAAUAACACUUCGCAAUGAAACCGUUGCUAAUCCGUAUCGUAAGGCGAAUUACGUUUACAUCCCUUACUGUACCGGUGACAUUCAUGCCGGUGAUUCAGUGCAAAACUAUCCAGGUGCUAAUCGAACAACAUAUCAUCAUGGAUUCCUGAAUGGUAUUCGCAUCACAAGUGAGAUUGCUAAACGAUUGCCAGACACAAAGCGAGUUUUGGUUACUGGCGAAAGUGCUGGUGGAUUUGGAGCGGUAUUGCAAUAUCCUCACGUUCAGAAACGUUUUCCACACGCUCGUAUUGAUCUUUUAUCGGAUUCGGCAAUCGAAACAGUCGGUUUCCUUGACAGUAAGCCGCAAUGGCAUCCAGUCGUUCCAAAAUGCAAAGAAUGCAAUGGAAUAGAGUUCAAUUCUUACUUACCAGGAGAAGCAUUAGCAACUCCAAAGAGUAGAUUUGGCGCUUUGGCAUGGAAGACUGAUACUGUCUUACCACUCUUUUACAACGUCACAGAUGCUUCAUUUGCACCAGUCAUCACUUCCUACUUUCAAAAUGUUACCCAAACAAAGACCGACAAUGCGAAAACGUUCAGAGCUGAUGGAUCAAGUCAUGUCGUUGGUGAGCACACAUACGCAAAAUCAUCCGAUGGCAUGGUCUAUGUCGAUUGGUUGAACAAGUUCCAUAGUGACGAUCCUAGCUGGACAUCAGCACUUUAAUACUGUGAUGAUGAUGAAUGAAUGAUGAUUGAAGAAAGCACAGUCCAAUUUGGGUCGAUGUGUGCGGCUUUACUCUCACGCGUAACUCGCGCUCAUAGCCGGAAAGGAAAGAUAUAUGCUG